UAUCAUUGCAGUGAGACCAUUAAACUGGUGAUGUUAAGAGACAACAGCUUGUCCCUAAGGAUGUAAUUUCAUUCCAGAUUGGGGCAGUAAAGCACCUAAAUACCUGCUGCCCUUUGUUUUCUGAUCAAAGUUGUUUGACUUGAGGGGAUCGAGUAAGUGCUGGGUGGGGUUUGGACAGACUGGAAUGGUCCAGCAUGAGCUGUCCAACAUGACGCCAUAAAUUGGGGUCACGUCUCAUGAGCAAAUCAGACGUUCGCCAGACCUGAGAGAGAUUGGCACUUGGCAGAAGAUAUAGAGGACCUUAAAGAGACAGAAAGAAAACACAAGGGCAGAACAGGAGGAGCACGUUCACAUUGAAGCCACUAUGACAAGUUUUCAUUCUCCAGCACUACUGCUGCCCGUCCUGCUGCUGUGGGCUGCGUGUAGUGUGUCAGACGUGCAGGCUGAUGCCAGGACAGUCAAGCUGUGCGGCCGAGAGUUCAUCCGUGCCAUCGUCUACACGUGUGGGGGCUCCAGGUGGAGGAGAUUCGGCAGUCCCCAGGAUAUGGAAGGGUUUUUUAAUGCAGAUCUAAGCAGUUCUGAGGAUCUGAGUGAGAGUCUGGGAUCUGACCUGACCAGACGAGACCUGAAUAGCGUUUGCUGUCAGAUGGGCUGCAAGAAAAGUGACCUCACAUUGCUCUGCUGAGAACCGAACCUGUGUUUUUCUAUUUUUUUCUCACCUCAGUUUUUUUCUCAUGUUUUCUUCCACA